CCGCAAAAUAUACCAGCUCACCAGCAUCCAGCCGUGAGACCGUAGGAAUUGAGAAAGAGUAGACCAAAAUGGCGUCGGCGUUGAUGAGAUCCAGCUUACGCUCCGCCCUCCGCGGCGGUUCUGCCCGUGGAGCUCCGGCUUCCAAGAGGAAUUUCUCUUCCUCCGCCCAGCACGAUGAGGCCCAGGAAGCAGCGAAAUGGGAGAAAAUCUCUUACGUGGCGAUAGCUGCUUCCACUAUCCUUGCUAUUGUUAAUCUUUCUAAGGGUCACCCCCACCAUGAAGAGCCUCCUGCGUAUCCAUACUUGCAUAUUCGUAACAAGGAGUUUCCAUGGGGUCCAGAUGGUCUUUUCGAGAGUAAGCAUCAUUAAUCUACAGUCAUCUAUCAUCUCUGUGACUACUGCAGCAAUAAAUGUUUGGUUCGCAUGUCUGCUUUAUCAGAGGCCUGAGGCUUCAAAACUGUUUGAGAGAUUUAUUCCGUCACAUAUCUACUUUGUUUCAUAUACUUUGCCUAUAUUGGGAAUAAGUAUGUAACACUAGUUUGAACAUAUCAUUUCAUAAAGUUGCUUUAUGUUUCAAAGGUGUGAUAUAUUUGAGAAAGUGAUUGCGUAUUUAGUGUCAUGUAGAAGAAUUACUCUUUACUUGAAGUAACAGUUUUAUCAUGAAUAUUUAACAGUCAAA